AUGUCAUAUCGCAAAAAGGCAUUGCUGCAUCGCCAGAAACUGUGCUAUAUCCCUACAUGCAUGCGGUCGGCCGCAAGACGGUCCGCUGAAUCACUCUGCCACGUCACUCCUUUCCCAUUCCCUAUGACACAAUCCUGCGACGCCUCUCCUGCUGUUGUGGCUCUACCCGCCGAAGAGAACCUUCCGGAUGACGACUUUUGGGGCUCAUCAAAGCCUAAGAAGGAUAAAAAGAAGAAGAAGGCUGUGUCGGAGUGGGAUUGGGGAGUUCACCCCCCGCAGAGAGCAGAACAAGCGUGGGAGCACUUCACCACAGUACGCUCGUACCAAUGCGCUACCCCCACCCCAUCUCCUACUCUGGCGAACCUCAACAACAAAACAAAAGAAUAUGCAGAAGUGUUCCUCUCUCAUGUACGAGUCCAUAUGAUGGCCGACUACUACCUGAUCCAGCCACUCGCCACAUUGGCCCUCCACAAGUUGCAUGAGAUUCUCUGUAAUUUUACACUGCACAAGAAAAGGAUUCCUGAUAUCGUUGCUUUAUUGCGCUUCUGUUAUGAGGAGGAUGAAAAGCCCGUUUUGCGAGAGCUGGUGAGUGCGUACGCUGCAUGCCAGUUCAGGAAGCUGUGGACGAAUAUGGCAUUCCGGGAGCUAUUCGUUACGCACCCAGAGCUCUCGGUAGCAGUCGUGGCAAAUCUUGUGGAAAGACUAGACUAA